AUAGCACUCACACAAUGGUUGAUGAGAGCCAGCCAGGAAACAUACACGACGUUAUCAAUAUAAAUAGCAAUGGCAGAGCACAGCAGACGGCUGCAUCCGUUUCCCAAUCGCCGUCACAGCGUAAACUCUCAUCCGCAUCAAAGGCGGUGACGCCGGAAUUGCGUAUUCUCUGCUUUGACUUGACCUACUACAAUCGAACCACUCAAUUUUUGUUAAGCUGUGCCGGUGUUUUUAUUCUCUACAUCAUCUAUGGAUAUCUGCAGGAGCUGAUAUUCACAGUUGAGGGCUUCAAACCAUAUGGAUGGUUUCUCACCCUGGUGCAGUUCGGCUACUACAUUGGCUUCGGCCUGGUGGAACGCCGCUUGGAGGCUUACCGAUCAAAUGGCGGCACAAUCUGGAGCAUUCAGCCAGCGCCACGUAGUAUACCUUUGCAGACAUAUUUUGUGCUUGCCGCGCUUACGCUCGGGACAAUGGGCCUAUCGAACUCGAGUCUCGGCUAUCUGAACUAUCCCACUCAAGUAAUCUUCAAGUGCUGCAAGUUAAUCCCUGUGCUCAUUGGCAGCAUCAUAAUUCAGGGCAAGCGCUAUGGUCCUCUGGACUUUGCUGCUGCAACAGCCAUGUGUGUGGGCUUGGCAUGGUUUACGCUGGCCGACUCGCAGCUGACGCCCAACUUCAAUCCUCUUGGCGUCCUCAUGAUAUCCGGCGCCUUGUUGUGUGAUGCCGCCAUUGGCAAUGUCCAGGAGAAGGCGAUGCGGGAGCACAAAGCGUCUAGCAGCGAGGUGGUUUUCUACUCCUACGGACUUGGCUUUGUCUAUCUGUUUGUGAUCAUGUUGCUCACCGGGAACUUCUUUAGUGGCUUCGCCUUUUGUUUGGCCCAUCCGCUAGAAACCUUUGGCUACGGCUUUCUGUUCAGUCUCUCCGGUUAUCUAGGCAUACAAUUCGUCUUGGCUUUGGUUAGGAGCAGUGGAGCUCCGCUUGCUGCGACGGUGACCACUGCGCGAAAGGCAGUAACCAUUGCCUUCUCGUUCCUGCUCUUCAGUAAACCUUUCACAGUGCAAUAUAUCUGGUCUGGGCUGAUCGUUGUCCUGGGCAUUUAUCUGAAUGUAUACAGCAAGAAGAACAAACUUACCUUUGCGGACUUGGAGCACAAGCUUAAGCAAUGCACUGCGAGAUUAUCUCGUUCCUCAAGUCGCAAAUUCCUUAUUGAAGUAUAAUCGAGUU